AUGGAUAAUCUUUGGACUCGCCGCUCAAACACCAGCAAGCUCUCUCUUACCACAGGGGCGCCAUCCUCGAAUGGCGCGCCAACCUCCUCAGAACAUCCCACUCGAACCUUCGGUCCCGGAAGACGACACGGCGAUACCUCUUCUCACAGCAAUAAAAACCCGUUCAACUCAAUGUCCCCUUCCACGACAUCUCUUGCCUCCCCAACGACUGGCGCGUCAAGCGCAUUCGGCCUAGGAACAGGCGCAUUUGCUUCUUUUGGCGCAUCCAAGACUCCAAAGACUCCUGGGGGAGCUCUGGAUUUUGGUAGCGUUGUGGGAGUGGCAGGCAAGACGCCUACAGCAGAGAAACAAGUUAGGGACCUGGGCUCGAAACCUUCGAAAGUCUCAUUAGCAGACUCGAAGACUAGCACAACAUCAAAGAAUACAUUGAGACAUAGCUGGGCUUUCUGGUUCCGCCCCCCAAUCUCAAAGUCAAAUGGAUUCGUGGAGUAUGAGAAGACGCUGCAUCCUAUAGCGGAAUUUGAGACUGUGGAGGACUUCUUUGCUGUUUAUCAACAUCUCAAGCGUCCUUCAACUCUACCACUAGUAUCUGACUUCCACAUAUUCAAGAAAGGGAUCCGCCCAGUAUGGGAAGAUGACGAGAACCGCAAAGGCGGUAAAUGGAUUGUGCGGUUGAAAAAGGGCGUGGCAAACAGGUAUUGGGAAGAGCUUAUUUUCGCGAUUGUUGGAGAUCAAUUCGCAGAAGCUAGCGAGGAGGUUUGUGGGGCUGUUCUUAGUGUGCGUAAUGGAGAGGAUAUCUUAAGCAUUUGGACUCGUAAUGAUGGAGGAAGAGUUCUUAAGAUCAGGGAGACCAUGAAGCGCAUACUCGAAUUUCCUCCAGAAACUAAGGUGGAGUGGAAAAGCCAUGACUCUAGCAUUCAACAACGGACAGCCAUCGAUGAUGCACGCAAGGAUAAAUCGAAUCAACAUAAUCACCACUCAUCUCCGGCGAGCAAUCGAAACAAGGAUCAUGAACACUCCGAAAGAAAGCAGACUUCAUGA